AUGUCUCGAGGCGGUCGAGGAGGUGGCCGCGGUGGCAGAGGCGGCGGACGAGGAGGGCGCCCUAAUGUGCCGUGGGACACAGGCGAUGAGCCUGAUGCGCGGCCCUCAGAGCUGUUUCCCCCUUACCUCGUCCCGACGCAGAAGGCGCUCUCCAUGGCCGAGAAGCGCGGCAUCCAACAUCUCCUCCUCCUCCGCCACCAGAUCCACGGCGGCGCCCUGUACACCUCGAAGCGCACCUUGCUCAACGACCCGACCGCCCCGCGCAAGCUCUACGGCCAGGCCCAGAUGAACGCGCGCUACGAUGUCAAGAACAAGGCCUCGCUCGACCCCUUCACCGCCGUGCCCACCUACUCGUCCAAGUUCGUCCGCGAGGAGCGCGCCCUGCCCGACUGGUCACACCGCCCCGUGUGCCGCGAGCUGUUCCCCGCCGAGCUGCUCGACACCAUCGACGCUUCCGCCGCGGCGUCCACGAAGCCCGGCACGUACAAGCGCCGCCGCCUGGAGCUGAGCAGCAUCAGCGCGCUGCCCAGCGCUGAGGAGGCCUUCGGCAUGGAGGGCGACGACGAGGGCCAGGGCCGCAACUUGCUCGAGCGGCUUGAGGCCAUGAAGGACGACGAAGGCGGCGAGGGCGGCGAAUUGGAGGACGAAGAAGGCAUGGAAGAGGAAGAGCAGGACGAGGCCUACGACGACGAGGAUGCCGGCGACUACGACGCCGAGAACUACUUUGACAACGGCGAUGAAUUCGGCGAAGACUACGGAGAUGACGGCGACGGCGAGGGAACCUUCUAG